GGAAGAGCUCGAAUCGGAUGCCGAAGUUGUGCUGUUUCUUUUUGAUAGUAUCAGUUUCUUGAACAUCCUUGUAUGACAGAACAGAGUCCAAUGGCAAGCAAUUUUUUGGUGUUCAUAUGAAAUUUCUGCAGUCUGAAGUGAUAAAUAAUGAAGAAUUCACUCCAAAGGAAAAGAACCUCCACCUCAACUUUAACUAAAGCCAACAUACUUCCACAUGCUGCUCAAAUCAACACCAGGCCAGUGUGUUUGUCUCAAAUGAGCAGUGUUUUCAAUAGUGUGCCACUACUAUUUGGAACAGCACAAGCUUUCCUAUUGAGACUAGCACAACUUGAAGCUCAGUUGGUUUUGAACCUGAUUAGUAAUGUUGCAGCUGUAAAUAAUAGCAGUUAUGGGAACCCCCUUGUUCCUUUAAAUCUCUUACAGCCUGUUGGCAUUCAAAGAGCCACAUUUUUGAGCAUGUACCAGCACCCAGGGGGUUUUAAAAACAUGGAUUCCAUACCUCACAUGAUUAGCCACCCCUCAACAUCUGUCACAGACAUUAAUUCAGUAAUUUCCUAUAAGGAGAGUGGUGCCCUUCUAGCAAAAGAGAUCAUUCAGGAGAAAGCUCUAGGUCCCAUCAUGAAUAACACAACGUUGCCACUGCAAGCAUCUGAGGAAGCUCUUGUUAGAUCCAGUCACAACCAUCUUGGCAAACAUUUCACCUUCAAACCAGACGUGGACUGUUCUCAAUAUCAGUCAAUGAUAGCCAAAGCAAUGAUGCCUCCUGACAGACCUCAAACCGAAGAAGCAGAGCCAAAGCAACAAACAAUGCUGUAUUUUCCAACAGACAACCUGAACAAAGCUUUGACCAGCCUUGGCCUUUCUCUUGAGGAUCUAGAAUUACUCAGCCAUUGCCCAGACAACCAGUUAACAACAGAGAAUCUCCCCUUCAUUAUACAAGACAUUCAACAGCACAAAGGAACAAAGGACAUUAAAUAUGGCCAUGCUACAUGGAACUCAUCUGAUCAAGUGGAAUCAUCCAGGGGGUCAUCAUACGCUCAUGGGGAACAGAGGAAUCAAAGGAUUAUUAACGGUGAAUGGCAAGAAUCCCAUUCCCAUAGAUCCCUCAGCCCUGAAAAAUGCUGCCCAUCUGAACUCAUUCAUGAGCACUUCUCGACCCAGUCUAAAACACUGAAAAGAAUAAGACAUUCAUCAGGAAGAGGCUCAAAUUCCUUCCUAAAGAGGCUGCAACAUGGGUCUGCUGAGGUCACCAGGUGGAGGAGGCCUGGUUCAGUCUAUUUUCCCCCUCACUCAAAAUGCAGCACAAGAUCUACCACUUACAAUGGCAUGAAAAAAGGUCAUCAACAAUCUUCAUUUCCAGUCAAAUCUGCAAAAUCUGAAGUAACCACUGAUUCCAUGAACAUUCAGAUGCCAGUAACUAAGAUGACUGCAAAAACAUCAGCACAGACUAAGGGUGUGAUUCGUGUGUCUGGAAUCCCUCUUGAUUACUCUGAGAGUGAACUCAUCAAAAUGGCAUCUCCCUUUGGUCACCCUGUUGAGGUAUUAAUGGCAACUGAGGUUGACACAACAACCUGUCUAGAAUGGAAGAAGGCUUUACUGAUGUUUCCAACUGAAUUCUCAGCCCAGGAGAUGGUGAAGGUUUACUCUGCUAUCCCAGUUCACAUGAGGCAGCAAAGUUUAGAGCUGGUGUCCCAAAUGGUUGACUUUAGUUCACCUGUGUCAGUGUUUCAUGCUUUUGUGGGACCAUCAUUAUCAAAUGCAAGUAUCACUUGUUCUGGAGCCAUUUCAAAUAUUCAAUCUUUUAAAAAUAAUAAUUAA